UCCAUAUGCCAGUUUGGAAAUAUUUUUUAUUUAAAAUCCAAUUAAUGCUGCCAAGAACACCUCUGGCAGCAUCUGCAUUUUAUUCAGCUUGUGAGUUGUGACUAAGAUCUCUCAAACUCUCACACCAUUCACAAGUUUAUAUAUUAAAACUUCUCCCAAUCCAUCCAUUCUUCUCUUACUUUCAUCUUCUAAUCUCUAUGCUCUAAUCAACUCUAGCCUCUAACUUCUUCACCUAUUUAAAAGUUCAUGAUCAAGAAUAUGCAGGACUCAAUUGGGAUUCCUGCUUGCUUUUCUUCUGCUGAAAAGCUCAGUGAAGAACAUGGAGGAGCUGUGACCCGUUCAGGCCAGAGUGUCUACAUGUCUGUGUACAGAACAAAGGUUGCUGAUCACUGCCGUUUGAUCACCAUCACAUGGUGCAAAAAUCUGCUACUUCAUGGCCUAUCAGUAUCAGUAGAAGGCCCAGAAGGAGAAUCACAGUACAAUUGCAAGGUUGAGCUGAAGCCAUGGUACUUUUGGAGGAAACAAGGUUCCAAGCGAUUCAUAAUAGAUGGUACUAAAGCUGUUGAUGUUUUCUGGGACCUUAAAGGUGCAAAGUUCAACGGAGAAACAGAGCCAAUCUCAGAGUACUAUGUAGCAGUGGUUUGUGAUGAAGAGGUUGUGCUUCUUCUUGGUGAUCUGAAGAAAGAGGCUUACAGAAGAACAGGGUGCAGGCCAGCACUGAUUGAUCCCAUUUUGGUUUCUAAAAAGGAACACAUUUUUGGGAAGAAGAGGUUCAGCACUAGAGCUAAGUUUCAUGAGAAGGGUAGGUGGCAUGAGAUCUCAAUCGAGUGCAAGAGCAGGGGAAGAAGCUUCAGCAAUGGCGAUUCUGGGGUUCAGCCAGAGAUGGAGAUAAGGAUUGAUGGGCAUUUGGUGAUUCAUGUGAAGCACUUGCAAUGGAAGUUCAGAGGGAAUGAGUCAAUUCGUCUCAGCAAGAUGAGAGUGGAGGUAUAUUGGGAUGUUCAUGAUUGGCUUUUUAGUCCUGGUUUAAAGCAUGCUUUGUUUAUUUUUAAGCCUGUUUUGUCAUCCACAUCAUCCCUGCCAUCUUGUUCAUCACCUUUAUCAUCAGUAUCUUCUCCAUUAUCUGCUCAGACAAUGAGUUCUGAAUCAGUGGAAGGCUUUAGUGUUAGUGGGUCUUCAGAGUUUUGUUUGUUUCUUUAUGCUUGGAAGGUUGAAUGAAAUGAUCAUCAUGUUAGUAUAUUUCUAUCAACUUAUUUUUCUCCUGAAUCAAUUUUGGCACUAAAAAACUUCAUCUAAAUUGAUUUUGGUGUUCAAAUUAAUUGUAUAAGAAUUUCUAAACACUCAACAAUUAAGUUUCCAAGUUAUGGAACAGAGAGUGGAUUGAGAGAAAGCAAGAGGUGGGUUUGGACUUGUGAGCCUCCUGUUUAGUAGGCUGCGAGUAUUUACAUCCAUUUUUUAUUUUUUCUCUUAUUAUUUCAUCCUAGUGGGUAAGUCAUUUUGGUGUACACCUAACAUUGGAAGUUGGAACUUUGGAUUGAAAAAGGUAGUGGGGCCAAAUAGGGUUUGGUAGUUACAUACAGCUGGGGUUGAGCAAAUGAGCAUAAUUGGACAAUACAGAUUGUAUUAUCAUGAUCACCCACAUGCCCAAUAAUUGACCAUCUAGAGGCAUCUACGUCUACAUUUUACCAACAUUGGAAAUGCUUUUUUCUUGAUCUGGUCUUGGUAAGAGAGCUAUAAAUGUUUCUUUUAAACUCUAUGUAGUAUCAACUUUGAAUCUAAAUUUUGGAUCACGGAAAUAUAGACGGUGGAUCACUACACUGAAUGUCUGUAUUUUGCCUAUGAAAUGUACAUGCAUGUGGCGGAAAAUUGUGUCCCGGGAAGAGAGGAGGGUGUUUGAUGAUGAUGUAAUGUAAAAAUUAUUGUCCAAUAAUGAUAAUCCAUGUAUCUGCAUCUCAAGCAUAUAUCUAUACAAUACAGAUUUUUCUCUA